AUGCGAGUAAAGUCGAUCGUGAAUGCUAAUAGAAGGAAAUGCGAAUGCAUGGCUGAGGCGAAUCUUCAGUGGGCAUGCCCGCCACGCCGCGGCCCUGUCAGUGGCCUUGCGCCAUCUCCCCACUGGCGAAGGAAUCUGACAGAAACAUCACCACUUGACGCCCACGGCCUCAGCUCCCACGCCGCGUCGCCGCGAAACGAUGAACGCGUCCACAUGUCCCCCAACACGCCCGAAAAGUCGGCGAGCCCAGCCGAGGUAGCAUUUGCCAAUGACGCCGAACCAUUUGUUCCGAAACCCUUGAUCAACGACCUGCUGCGCACCCGCUACUGCAUCCCUGGUUCCAUCUUUCUUGUUGAAGACGUCGAGUCGCUCCCGGUGCCACGGUUGAAGCGAUGGAGGGCUAUACGACUAAUGCUGGGGGACGGUGAGCUCUGUAUACAAGCUCUUCUCCGGGGGGAAAUGCAUCGUUUCCUGGACACCAGAGCUGUCCGCGUCGGCUGCUACGUCCGCUUGGGGGAAUUCUCCAUUCGUCUACAGGAUCUCGUCGGGCAUGACGGUCGCUCUGGAGGGACACGCCAGAUGGUAUACUUGGUCGUCCAUGAUCUAGUCACAGUUGGAUGGCAUAGAGCUCUUACGGAACCCGACGCCAUAUCCCCAGAACAUGAAGUUGAGGACGAGAUCGUCUUCGAUAGCGAUGUGGAAUCUGUCGCAACUCCGACAAAGGCACGACAAGCAAGACCGAUCUCGAUACCUACAUCGACACAACGCCCGAGACCGCAACACGUGCGUUCGAUUGGAGCAGCCGGGGUAAUCGCGGAGGCUGACGAUGAAGACGAAGAUGGUUUCGAGGUUAUGCAAGUAUCGGAGACAAAAGCAACUCAACGUAGGGUGCAGGCCAAGAAGGGAGGUCCCGUGGCUUUGCCGCGCGACUGGACAGAUCCGAACACGCCCCUAAAGCUGACCUCUUUACGAUCCAUCCCGAACUUGCCCUACAAACAAAAUUGGUCUGUCAACGUUCUUGCAGUCGUCGCCUCACUAUCCGAAAUCGAGCCGUCCCACAUGCCACCGCAUCACACGCAACGGACUGCUCGACUCGUCGACCCGAGCAGCAGCAAGCAAGUCAUCUUGACCGUUUUCCUCGACGCCGAGGCCUUCACCCCCAAGAUUGGGAGCGUUGUACUCCUCGUCGGUGUCAAGAAUCACCGAUUUGAUGGUGGCUGCCUCAAGAAAUACGUCAGCGACAAGCCCAAACCCGGUAGUAGGUGGUGGUUUGAGGAGCCAAGACAGUUUGACUGGUGUGACGUGGACGGGCUGAAGCAGUGGUGGGAGCAGUCGGGCUUGCAAGGAGUCGCAGUCGACGGCUCAUGA